AUGCGUGAAAUCCUGCACAUUCAAGGUGGUCAGUGUGGUAACCAGAUCGGUGCUAAGUUCUGGGAAGUUGUUUGUACAGAGCAUGGUAUUGAUUCAACUGGUCGCUACCAUGGUGACUCAGAUCUGCAACUCGAGAGAGUGAAUGUUUACUAUAAUGAAGCGAGUUGUGGAAGGUUUGUUCCGAGGGCUGUGCUCAUGGAUCUGGAACCGGGUACCAUGGAUAGUGUGAGAUCUGGGCCUUAUGGCCAAAUUUUCAGGCCUGAUAACUUUGUUUUUGGGCAAUCUGGUGCUGGAAACAACUGGGCGAAGGGCCAUUACACUGAAGGAGCAGAGCUUAUUGACUCCGUCCUGGACGUUGUCAGGAAGGAGGCUGAGAACUGUGACUGCUUGCAAGGUUUUCAAGUUUGUCACUCUCUGGGUGGAGGAACUGGCUCUGGAAUGGGCACCUUGUUGAUCUCUAAGAUCAGGGAGGAGUACCCAGACAGGAUGAUGCUCACCUUCUCUGUGUUCCCUUCACCAAAGGUCUCAGACACUGUUGUCGAGCCAUACAAUGCCACUCUUUCUGUGCACCAGCUUGUGGAGAAUGCAGAUGAGUGCAUGGUCCUUGACAAUGAAGCUCUCUAUGAUAUCUGUUUCAGGACCCUCAAGCUCACCACUCCUAGCUUUGGUGAUCUAAACCACCUGAUCUCGGCCACCAUGUCUGGUGUGACCUGCUGCCUCCGUUUCCCUGGGCAGCUUAAUUCUGACCUGCGUAAGCUGGCUGUGAACCUCAUUCCCUUCCCUCGUCUCCACUUCUUCAUGGUUGGCUUUGCCCCCUUAACCUCCCGUGGUUCCCAGCAAUACCGAGCCCUCACUGUCCCUGAACUAACCCAACAAAUGUGGGAUGCCAAGAACAUGAUGUGUGCUGCCGACCCCCGCCAUGGUCGAUACCUAACUGCCUCUGCUAUGUUUAGAGGCAAAAUGUCCACUAAAGAAGUCGAUGAGCAAAUGAUCAAUGUCCAAAACAAGAACUCCUCUUACUUUGUCGAGUGGAUCCCUAACAAUGUGAAGUCAACUGUUUGUGACAUCCCACCGACUGGGUUGAAGAUGGCGUCAACUUUUAUUGGGAAUUCUACUUCGAUUCAAGAGAUGUUCAGGAGAGUUAGCGAGCAGUUUACUGCCAUGUUUAGGAGGAAGGCUUUCUUGCAUUGGUACACUGGUGAGGGAAUGGACGAAAUGGAGUUUACCGAGGCUGAGAGCAAUAUGAAUGAUUUGGUGUCUGAGUAUCAGCAGUAUCAGGAUGCAACUGCAGAUGAAGAGGGAGAGUAUGAUGAUGAAGAGGAGGAGCCCCAAGAGGUUUAGUGAGUUGAGAGAGCAGGUCUUUCCUCCCUCUCUCUCUCUCUCUCUUGUCUCUCUAUAGUUUGUUCCCCAGGAUGUGUUACACUUGUCCCCCCCCUCUCUCUCUUCAUACUGUGUGGGAUUGAGUGCAACAUCCAGUUGCUGAGGUUUGUGCUUGAGCUUUGAGGAUUGACAUUGUUUAGUUGGGUUUUUUUAUAGUUGCAAACUCAGUUUAAUUUUCUUUUUAUUCUGUUUUUUUUUUCUUUUUGGGAGAAGUUUAUGGUUGUGUUGUUACUCUACUACUUUUGGGGCAAUACUGUUAUAGUGUUAAUUUGGGGCUGAACCUGUUGGUUUCAAGUUUUUUUUUGUCUUCCUUUUCAUGGAUAUGUUGAACUCAUAUUCCAAGAUUCUACUUGCUUCUCUCUCUCUCUCUCUCUAUAUGCAAUGUGUUGAAUGCUGAAGAUCUGUUUGUUGCAUGUGUG